UGAAUGGAAUUGAGACCUGUAAAUAACGAGUGUUAAAACGCUAAUACUCACCAGGAUCUCUUUUUAUUAAAAAAACUUUAACCCUGUACGUUGUUUAUCAAACGCCGUCAGCGAAACAUGAGUGCAUUCACCCCGGAGAUUAUUGAGGAAAACAAUACGGACAGAAGAUGUUUAUUGGGGAACUGGGUUGAGGAGAGGGCUACUGCAUUGCUGGACGGAUCAGGGCCUAAAUCGUGUAUUAAUAAAAAUGGACAUGUGGGAAUCCUCACCGUCGAUGUGACUGCAACAGUGCAGGGGGUUACUACAUUUAAAGAUGCCUUCGAUAUGCCUAAGAGCCUUGGGAUACGACAAAAAGGAAAAAGGACUGAGCUUUUGGAAAAAUACCUCGUCAAAAGAAUAAGUGAACAGAUACAUGCAGAGUUGAACCCAGAACCUCCUGUUCCUGAGUGGUGCUCUGUGAGCAAAUCAGACUACAGGGUGGAGGGCUUCAAAUCUUUCCAUGCGCCACUGACCAAGGAGCAUAAUUACACAACAGACCCGGCCAUCACAUUUUGGAGUGAUAAAUAUCAGAAAAUUCAGGGUGUGACAGCAGUCACAACUGAGGAUAGCCCUUUUAAAAGAAAUGCCACCUUUAGCACACCAAUAAGUGAACAACUGGACUGCCAGGAUGAUACCCAUUUGUAAAAAAUCUAUUGCAAAAUAUUUGUUCAUUUUGGUCUAUUCAUGAAGUAAUAAAUAUUU